UGUAUCUUGCCCUCGUGAUCGUGCCUUCUGUUGUGCCAUUCGAAUCUGGCCUUCGAUUUCGUACCUGACCCUUCACCCUCUCAUCCAUCCAUUCAUAGAUCCGUAGCCCGUUGCCUUUGGUUGUGUGCCACACCGACAAGACGAGUAUAAACAUGCAGGUCGUGAACUUCCCGGAUGACAGCCAUACGCAAUACCAGGAGCAAUGGCCCGGAGAACAAAGAACGAGCGAAGAAAAGCCAACAUUGGUGAAGGAGGACGAAACUUCUUACGUCUUACUGGGAAGGGUACUCCUCGUGAUUCUUGUUCCGGUGGCAUUUGGAGCAACCUAUUGGGUUGCACGUCAUGAAUGGAGAUCAACACCGGACCACAAGGGUAUCACCACCUCCACCCCUGAAGAUGUAGUGAUACCCAAACUUCCUCCCAAAUACCCAUUUCCGGAUGCCGAUUACGAAGACUAUGAAGACACUCCUCACUGGCUUACGACGUCAACGACUGUAACACCCGAGACGACAACCAAGGCGACAAUGUCCACGAAACAUCCAGACACUGACAAAGUAUGUGAUACGGAAGACUGCCAGUACAUGCGUUGGCUUAUUGACGUGUCCAUGGACACAGGGAAAGAUCCUUGCGAAAACUUUUACAGUUACGUCUGUAACGGAGCUCAGUCGUCUUUAUCUCACUGGUAUGAUCCGACUAAGACAUUCAAUAUGCAAGUCCUGCAGCACAAUGUCACCUCAAAUGUGAUCAGACAUUUACAAGACGAAAAGGUCCCGCGCACAGGGCAAACAGGAUAUCAAAAAGCAGCCGCGCUCUACCAACACUGCAUGGAUAUUAAUAACGAUACUACGACAAAAGCCCUGAGAGAGCUAUUAAAGCAACAUGGAAUGACUUUCACAGGUGACAUGAAAUUCGACGAACUGGAUGUUAUGGUGAAAUUUAUUUUUGUUUUCGACAUUACCCUGAUAUUUUACGUAGCGAAAGCACGAAGGGUGAAAGACGAGCAUGUUGUGCUCUCCAUGGGACGAGACUACUCGAUAAUAGACGACGUCAGGAAAGACCGAGAGGCGAGGAAAGAUGAGAUUACGCUGAUUUUAUCGGAAAUCCUGUCCAUAGACAUCCGCGAUCUCCCAGAUGAGAUCAUUGCAGCGGAGAAUAAUUUAGCCAAUCUGUCGCAAGUUCAGUACACUGGCAGCGAAACCUCAGGAAGCAAGAACCUUCUGUUCCUCUUGUCGAAGUUAGGCCUUUUAGUGAACAAUGACACGACCCUCUCAGAACGGUGGAGUCGGGCCCUGGAGGAUAAUACAGACGCGCGACUUCCGAAAGAUGUAAAAGUCACCAUGGCAGUGGACGACGUUCAUUUCUUCCACAAUUUAUUCGGCAAAUUACGGAACGCCACAUCAAAUGAAAUAAGGACAUUCUUUGCCUGGAGGACUGCUCGUUACCUCUACAAAGCGUCCUUGUUGCACCAAUUGCAUAGCUACAGGCCUAUACUUUUUGAUCUUCCUAUGUGCCUGGACCAAACGAAUGGAUGGUUCCCGAACACUGCAGGUUCGGGGUUCCUGUUUACCAUAGUGAACACCUCGAGGCUGCAUCUCGUCGGGGAGAUGAUUCACGGAAUUGUUGAGGAAGUCAAGAAGUCCUUCGAGACUUCAUAUUGGCUGGACGAGACCACUAGCAGUCGAGCUCUGCAGAAAAUCUCGUUGCUGAGAAAAGAUAUUGCUUACUUGCUGGAAUUUAACUCCGCCUUCAAGAUAGACGCGUUCUUUAGAGACAUCCCUGACCUCAACGACCUCAACGGAACUUUCAUUGAGGACUACCUUCAGGUUCAGAAGUUUUGGACAAAACGCAAGUGGAACGGAAUACUGAGCGACUCCUCACCCAUCGAGGUGCGACCCAUCUUUCCCACAUUCCUCGUCAACGGCGUCUACGUGCCGCAGCAGAAUCGCAUAGCGAUAUCAGCCGCUGUUUUACUGGCGCCAGUGUUUGCGAAUGGUGCUCCUCCAGAGGUGAACUAUGGAGCCCUUGGGCGUUUCGUGACACAUGAAGUAAUGCACGGCUACGACACGUUUGGCAGGAAUUAUGACGGUGCAGGACAUUUCAAACCGUGGUUUACCAACGAAAGUAUUGCGGAGUACGACGAGAUCGUUCGUUGCCACAACGAGACUAUUGAGAAAGCUCCGAAAGCUAGAGCUUACAAAGAUUAUCCCCAAGAGUAUCUAGCAGACACGAUGGGUACCACGUCCUUGUUGAGGGCAUACAAGGCGGCUUCGGAAAAGUCGCAUGUCACUCUGGGCAACGUGAAGGGUUUGACGAAGGACAAGAUCUUCUAUAUUUCCGGGUGUCUAGUGUGGUGUGGAAAGGAAUUCCCAGACCCGACGCCUCAAACUCAUCCGCCUUCGGAUGAAAGAUGCAACGUGCCUCUUAUGAAUUCACAACAUUUCAGCGAAACCUUUUCUUGCCCAAAGGACUCGCCAAUGAAUCCCUCGCACAAAUGUGCCUUCUGGUAAUAGCUCCCUUCGUUACAAAGAAAUUAUGUAUCCACGUUACAAUAUGUUGUCUGUAUCGUGCAUGUGAGUAAAUGUCCUAC